AUGGUACGAACGAUUGCCUUUGCCUCAGACCACACGGUCUACGGAGGGCAGGAGGAGAUCGCCGCGAUGAUUGCCGCGUCUGGGGAAGACGUUCAGCCGCUUUACCUUGGCCCCACAACGGCCGACGCUGUGGACUACCCCGACUACGCCGAGAAGGUCACCAUGGCGGUGAAGGCGGGCGAGGCCGAUCUCGGCAUUCUACUUUGCUGGACCGGGAUUGGCAUGAGCAUCGCGGCGAAUAAAAUCCACGGUAUCCGCGCCGCCCUCUGUCAUGAUCAGACCACCGCUCGGCUCACCCGCCUGCAUAACGAUUCGAAUGUUCUUUGUGUGGGCUACGGCGUGGUGGGGAAGGAGGUCCUGCGGGAUAUUAUUACGACCUUUCUUUCCACAGAGUUUUCAAACAAGGAGCGGCAUCAGGUCCGGGUCGAUAAGGUCAUGGCGCUUGAAACGAAGACGGAUUGA